GUUUGUGCUGUUUGUGGAAAUAAUUCUACUCACGGCCACAGCCACUCUUCUUGCCCUAAAUGUUUUUGAAUUUCAAAAACAACCCAUCCUUAUUUCAGUUGUUUAAGAAUAUUCCACCGUCUCACUCUCACUCUCUCUCAACCCUCUCUCCCUCUUCCUCUCCAUCUUCCUCCACGUCAAACGCCUCCUCAGUUUGUCAUUCUUUUCAGCCGGAACUCUGUUGGAGACUGAGACGGCCGACCACCUUGUUGCGGCAGAGGUUUCCAGUUCACUCAUUCUAGGUUAGCUGAUUGGCAUGCCCUUGUGUUAUCUGUGUAUAGGAGCGCGCUUAUUGAUAUCUUUAUUUACCACUGCUCUAUCAGAAAAUGGCUUUCAGAGGAGGUCGUGGUCGAGGCAGAUUUAUUGGUGGUCAAGCCAACUACGCCAAGCAGGAGCCCUUUGUUCUUUAUCCCGAAAUUGAAUUACUGCCUCCACCAGAAACCACUGACGAGAUCAAGACCUUGAUCAGUUGGAAGUCAAGGUUUGAAAGUUAUUGCAAAUCAUCUCCAUAUUACUUAGGAGAUGGUAAAAGCAAGUCAGAUCCCUUUGAAAACAUCGACCCAGAGAGGUACUCUGACAAACAGAAGCCAAAGGACAAAAUGUCACUCAGGGAACUUCUACAGCCUACUGCCGCUCAUUUUCCUAGAGAACUAGUUCAAGAUUCAAAGGAGGAGUCAAGGAAGAAGCGGAAGAAAGUGCGAUGGGAUACUGAGACAGACUUGAAAAAGUUUGAUCUCUUUGAGAAGCUUGAGCAGAAACAUGAGGUCGAAGAGGAUAAAGCCGACAAUGCCGAAGAGAAUAAAGCCGACAAUGCAAAGAAAGAAGGUGAAGAGGAGGAUGAAGGUGAUGAUGCUGUUUUAGAGAAUGAAGGAGAGUACAGCGACAAUGGGGACUAUGAUCAGAAUGUUGAUUUUGAUGAUGACGAGGACGAUUUCAACAUGGAAGAUGACAAAGACGAUGAAGGUGGUAUAUAUUAGCGGAUCAUCAUCGGAACAAUUUUUUCAUUGUAGCAAAGUUCAGUGGAGGUAUUUUUAGGGAUUUUCUAUUCAGAUCAGUGAUGUAUAAAAAGUUCGAAUCUUAGGUCGAGUUGAUUGUUUUACUCGAAUAUAUGUUUAAGUGCUUAUAAUUGAUUGAGUCAAUCAAUUAUUCUCUAUUGCUCACUUA